GUGUUAUUUUAGUGUUCCCUUUAUUUUUUUGAGCAGUGUAUAAUAAUCUCUCCAGAGUGUACCACGCCUUGCCUUUCGUCUGAUAUCAAAUGGGAUUGGCUCCAUCCCCUCACCCCCCCUCCUGUGGGGGCGUGGUUAGAGCAGGUGACAUGCUUUAGGUGCGGUCAAUCCAGGUUUCCUGCUUGUGAGGUUUCUUAAGCGUACAGACAGGAGUCACAAUGGAUCUGUCAGCAGCUAUAGGUGGGGAUGAAGAUGUGGUGAAGAAGGAGCAGGCUCAGAAGGAUGAGUUAAGUUGGCCCUGGGGGAAAAAGGAUAAGGACAAGGGGGACUCAAAGGGAAAGUCCGACAGUAAGGACAAGUCUGGAAGUAAGGACAAGUCCGACAGUAAGGACAAGUCUGGAAGUAAGGACAAGUCUGACAAAAAGGGAAAGGACAAAGGCAAAGACGACAAGAAGAAGGACAAGAAGAAAAAGGGACACAAGGAGGGAAAAAAAUCAGGCUCCUCAUCUUCAGGCUCCAGCGAUGAUGAGAAGUGAUGCUUCCUGGGGGACCAGACUGCUCUGUUAGUCUCUUAUGAUCUUGUCCAUUGCCAAAGUGUGUGUGUGGCGAGUGUGCAGUAGCACCAACUUCUCUUCAUGUUCUUUCACUGGUGUCACAGAAAUAUGUUGCUUGUGUAAACAAAUCUGAUUACAAGAAUUAAAUGUUGUAAAAACAAACAAAAUGCCUGCAGGAUUU